AUGGCUUCCCAAGAACACCCAACCUGGCUGACGGCCUUCCUAGCCGAUACAAGGCCGCCCCCAAAGCUAUUCGCUUGGUCGCCCGCCAAUAUCCAGCCAAAGCUUGAUGAAGGUAUUGACAUGGGAAGUUCCAACAGCGAUGAAGAGUACGACCACGAUGCUUGUGUCGGUCCAUCAACAAACUCUGACCAACGCAUUUACAUCAUUGGUCCUGGCAACAUCGGCCGACUGUACGCAACUCACAUGGCUCGUCAUCCCAAUGCCCUUCCCAUCACUCUCGCCAUUCAUAGAAAAGAAUUGCUAUCGCAGUGGGUCGCAUGUGAAGGCGUUGGCCUCGCAGACCUAACCAGUGGCAAACUCUUCCUCAACAAACGUUUCACCGUUGAAUGGUGGACAGAAACAAGACCUCAAUACGGUCCAGUCAAAGAAGUCGCAGACGGAAAGAAACUUCACAACGUCUUUAUCUCCACAAAGGCAGAAGCUGGAUUAUCCGAAGGAGACCGUAUUCGCCGCUACCUUGGGAGGUGCAGCUCCGUCGUCUUUGCCCAGAAUGGCGUCUGCAAACUCUGGCCUCCCCACGGUCCUUUAUACAUCUCUCAUCGCUACCCAAGCGGCGACACUCCAACAUUCUCCGCGUGUGUUGUGAGUCAUGGGGUUGCAUCAGCAGGUCCUUUCUUGAGCAUCCAUGCGGCUCCGGCUGACGCAUACAUCGGACCUGUGUUUUGGGCAUCUGAUCCCGAAUCACCGGGGAAGCAGCCAUCGGAUGACUUCUUUAUCCGGCAUAUUGCUUCGACACCGCUUGUGAACACGAAGCAGGUGUCUUCGGACAAAAUCGGGCUGCAAUCUGCCACAAAGCGUCCCCAAAGUUCGGAAAAGGCUGAUGGAAAGGUUCUCACAGCCAAUCUUGAAAGCAAAGCUAUACGCCUUUGGUCUCAAGAUCUUUGA